AUGCCAUUUCCACAGCCAAUUUUUGUUCAUUUUCUAUCUAUCUAUCUAUCUAUCUAUCUAUCUAUCUAUCUAUCUAUCUAUCUAAGUUUGUUCAUUAUCUAUCUAAAUUUGUUCAUUUUCUAUCUAUCUAUCUAUCUAUCUAUCUAUCUAUCUAUCUAUCUAAGUUUUGUUCAUUAUCUAUCUAAUUUUGUUUAUUUUCUAUCUAUCUAUCUAUCUAUCUAUCUAUCUAUCUAUCUAUCUCAGUUUGUUCAUUAUCUAUCUCAGUUUGUUCAUUAUCUAUCUAUCUAUCUAUCUAUCUAUCUAUCUAUCUAUCUAUCUAACAACAUACUCAACCUCUCUGUAUUAAAUCAUUUGAGAGAACAUCAAAUAUUCGAUAAUAAGGAACCUCGAUGUCGCCGUACCAACUUCACGAAAUCUAUCUAUCUAUCUAUCUAUCUAUCUAUCUAUCUAUCUAUCUAUCUAUCUAUAUAA